AUGCAGAGGCUCUUCGUGCGCUGCCCCUGGCUGAUUGGCCUCUCGUUCGCGCGACGCUUCCCAAAGUACACAGGCUGCAACCGCAUGGAGGACGCGCUGCUGCCCGGCGGCGGCUCGGCGCCGCCGCCGCAGCAUCCGCGGCGCGCGACCGUGCGGUCCACGGUGCUCAACGUGUUCACGCUCAUCUGCUACCCCUACGGCGUGCCCUACUGCUUCGGCCAGAUGGGCUGGGUGCUCGGCAGCGUCUUCCUCGUGGGCAGCACGUGGAUCAACGUCGAGGCCGGCGUCGCCCUCGGCGAGAUCUGCGCGCGCAAGCCCGAGCUCACGAGCUUUCCGAAGGUCGUCCGCGCGGCGUUCGGGGGCCGGUGGGGCGCCGCGACGCUGUGGCUCCAGUACGGCUCCUACUGGCUGACGAACGUCUAUAAUUUCGUCAUCACGGCGGAGUACUGGACGGAGAGCGGCGUGCUCACGACGUGGUGCGAGCAGCGCUUCAUGUUCCUCACGUACGUUUUGAUCGUGCCUUUAAUCCAGCUGCCGGACUACCACGCGAUGGCGCCCGCGGCGCUGUUCAGCAACGCCGUCAUCGUGCUCGGCGUGCUGAGCUUGUUCUGGGUGGCCUACGUCCAGGGCGGGCCGGAGCCGGGCGUCGACUACGAGACCGCUGGCUUCGGCCGCGCGAGCCGGGGCGGCGUGUCGAUGGCGUUCGCGCUGGCCGGCGCGGGCGUCUUCCCGGAGCUCAUCGCCGAGAUGAAGCACCCGGACCAGUUCGCCAGGGCCGUCCGCUGCGCCUUCCUGCCCGUCUUUUUGUUGUACGCGGCGUGCGGCCUCGCGGGGUUCUGGCUCUUCGGCGGCGACGCCGCGGGCGACAUCCUGCGGAACUUUCCCCCGAACCUCGCCGCGACGCACGUGACGGCGUUUCUCAUGGCGUUGUCGUUCCUCGUGUCGACGGUGGAGAACAAUUUGUUCAUGGUGCUGGGCAUCGAACGCGCGGCGGCGGCGCGGUGGCCGGGGUUACGCGAGUCCGCGCCGCGGACGAAGAGCUUCCUGUUCCGCGCGGCGUUCCUGGCGUCGGAGCUCGUCGUCGCCGCGGCGCUGCGCGGCGCGGGCGCGGGCGACAUGCAGGCCUUGGCGGGCGCCGUGUCGGGGCCGGCGCUGUGCUACGCGGCGCCGUUCGCGUGCCACCUCGCGCUCUUCGCGGGCGAGCACUCGCGGCCGCGCCGGUGGGCGUUCCUGGCGUUCGUCGUCGCCGGCGGCCUGCUCUGCGUCUUCGGCACCUACUACUCGGUGCUGGGCGUCGUCGAGGCCGCGUCGAGCUACACGAUCUUCGGCGGCUCCUGCCGGCUGGCCGCGGAGCGGGCGUAG